AUGGCGGCACUGCUUGUAACGGCGCUAUUCGCAUCAUGCGCACAGUCUAGAAUCGUCUCCAACGGACUGCUCGGGAAUCGCCUCCCGAACCGACCAGCCCAAGUCACCAGCACCAUCACUAGUAGCGUGUCUGGCCUAAUAUCCGCGCUGCAAGCGCAAGUCGUUUCACUAGAAGGAACGCUGACGCAAGCACUCAACAAGCUCGCUACCUCGCUGAACGACAACGCAUCCGCGGCCACACUGGCGCUUCAAGCACAGAUUUCCGCCUUGCAGAGCAGCAUCGACACUCUAAACGCCCGCAUUGCGAACCUAGACCUUAUCUUGUACCUUAGAAUCUCCCGACCCGGCGGCGUUGCUCCGCAGGCGACACCUGUCGCACUCCAGUCGCGCAUCUCGUCGCUAAGAAGCAGCAUCCCCGCUAUCAACAAUCGCGCCACUUCCCUCAACACGGACCUGGCGGCCAUCCUCCCUAACCUCCGCGCCUUGCUCAGUCAGCGAGUGGCGGCGCUCACUCAGAGGGUGGGUGCGCUGAAUGUGGACGUGUCGGCGCUCGCUGCGCAGGUGGACGCGCUGAUCGCCCCGCUGAGUGACGCCCUUGGCGUGGCGGACCUCGUGGCUUUGCUGCCGCACCCAGCAGGCAUGCUGCGUGGCGUGCUCACCUCGUGCGAGGGCCUUCUCCCGGUGGGAGCAGCCAACAUCCAGAUCACCAAGAUGGGGUCGUCAUACGCGGUGGCGUACGAGCUGGUGGCGACGGGCAUGGCGGAGGCACCGCAGGCGGCGGCCAUCUACAGCGGCAACAGCACGUGCGGGCAGGCAGCCCCAGCCGUGGCGCUGCAGCUGCCCGGCACGUGGCAGCUGCUGAGCUCCGUGUCGUGGUCGCUGGCCAAUGUGCUCACUGUCGCGCCGGCGGACCUGGCGGACGUGCUCAGCGCCAUCCAGGCUGGCAUCAAUGGCCAGCUCUACAUUGGCUUUGCCGCCACCACCAGCAGCUUCCGUUCGCAACCACUGCCGUUAGCCAAACACGCUCACUUUGGCCAGCACAAGACUGCUAAAGCCCUGAACGACGCUGUAGUCGCUCGCUACUCCUCCUCUGCCACUGCUGCUCUCAACCGCCUUAUACUGCCCUACCUGUUUCCCGAGCUGUCCGCCUUUGCCACAGUCGACGACCUCAUCACCCACCUUCGCACUAGCGACACUCGCUACUGCGCCACGAUUAAAGACGAGUUCCUAGACAAGAACCCGCCCCCGAUGUACAUCACUCUCUACUUCAUCGUCACCCGCCUCCCUGACUCUCUUCGCGCAGUCAGGGACCACUUUCUUGCCCUUGACCCCACAGGCCUCACUGUCGACGAGCUCGAGAAGCACCUCCUUGCAGCUGAGACUAGCAUAGUCGUUAUUGGUGCUGCUCGUGGCACUCAUAGCACUCCCUUUUUUUAG